CUUGGAUCGACGGGUUACGCGUGUUUGUGAUACUGUGAGUACUUAUAUGUUAUCUUCCUUUUCACAUUCCGCAGUGUGAUCUCUACUAUCAUAGUUUAUUAUAUUAUACUACAUGAAAGAUUGAAUUGACUAUUUCACUUUAUACUUCUCUCUCGCUUCACUUCUCUUCUAUUACAUAUUCAUCUAUACUAUUGCUAUCUGCUAUCUACUAUAUACUCAUCCAACAUGACCACCCACCUACAACAACCACAUCACCACAACUACCACCCACACACUUCCUCCUACAACCCCUACCACCCCUACACCAUCCCCAACCACGCUCAAACCAAGAAACAACGCUCACGUCCGCACCGACGCCAACGUCAACACCACCCCUCCACAAAACCCCCGAACCCCUCCGCCCUCAAGACCCCCUCCUCUCCAUCAUCCUCCAAAAGCAACCGCUGCUUCACCUGGCUGCUCCUUCCCCCGGCGAGCAAUACUCACAUCGCCAAAAACCGUUCCUCAUUCAGCAGCUACCGCCGGGCACCAUGCAAAAUCGCUAACCAGCGGGUGUUGGGCGUAGGCACAGUCCAGCUCCGAGUGCAGAGGGCGCCGGACGACCCUCGCACAAAUACCCUUGUGCUACAUGACGUGCUGCAUAUGCCGAAUGCGAGGUGCAAUGGCAUUAGUGUGGCUAAAUAUACGGGGGAGAGUGAGGAAGAGACAGCAUCGGAAGGGGGGAGUAGUGCUGGGGAGAGGGCGGUUGUGGAAGAGGUUGAGAAUGGUGGUCUGGUGAAGGUGAAGAGUGAGAGGGAGGAUGGGGAGGGGUUGUGGUUUGCGAGGGGGAGAAGUAGGGGGAAUCAGUGCGACGGUGAGGGUGGGGAUGAUGGGUUGAGGGUUGUGUUGGCGGGGGAGAAGGAAAUGGAGAAGGAUGAUGGUGCUGGUAAAGGGAUCAUGGGGGUGGUUGCUUCGAAGGAGGAGUUGGAGAUGUUGAAUGAGAGGGUUAAGAAUCGGUCGUGGGUAUAAAAUAUUCCCACUUUGUGGAUCAUCAUAUUGUACAUAAAUUGGUAUACAUGCUGU